GCCUUCAAUGAUGCUGUGAAUAGAACCUAUUCUCCUUCAGUCUUCAUCCACCCUACGGUCCCUACCCUCUCUUCUCAUCACAUACAUAUCCAUCCGCUCUCUAAGGGCGAAAGAGAAAAAAGGGAGAUGGCUUACCCAAUACUGCCUUUACUAAUUUUGAGUCUGUCCCUCUCGUGGAUUCCGGCCAAGUCAGAUGCCGCGGCCGCAGCCACCAGUUUCAUCCGGGCCAAAUGCAGAACCACUACCUACCCAUCUCUGUGUGUCGAAUCCCUUUCGACUUUCGCCGCGACCAUUCAGAGGAGCCCGAACCAGUUGGCCCAAACGGCUCUGUCCGUGAGCCUGGACAGGGCUCAGUCCACUAGAGCAUUCGUGGCUAAGCUCUCCAAAUUCAGAGGGCUGAAGGGUAGAGAGUAUGCAGCUCUGAGGGACUGCUUAGAACAGAUGGCCGACAGCGUGGACCGGCUCGGCAACUCCGUCCAGGAGAUCAAGAACUUGGGUAGGUCCCGGGGGCCGGAGCUAUUCUGGCACAUCAGCAACGCACAGACUUGGGUGAGUGCUGCGCUCACUGACGACAGCACCUGUGCGGAUGGGUUUGCCGGCCGGACCUUGAAUGGAAGGGUUAAGUCUUCCAUUAAAACAAGAAUGACCAAUGUUGCACAGGUGACCAGCAAUGCCUUGGCAUUGAUCAACCAAAUGGCUGGUGGAAACUACUAGAAAGCAGUAAAUCACUCAGCAUGCGAAGGUCUCAGGUUUAAUUUGUUUCCUCUGAUCUCAGCCUCAGCCAGCGCUUGUGUGUCUGUUAGCUUUACUUUUGAGUUUUCAACUUUGAAUGUGUAUAGUAGUAGCAGUACUAAGAAAUUACUCGAGUCUUUUUUUUUUUUUUUGUCUUGUUUAAUUAUUAUACGCAAUACGACGAGCCGUUGCGUCCUUUUUUCUCGUCUUUAA